AAAAACGCUUUCUACCAGAAAUUAGGAAAUGAUCAGAUUGCAUUGCUGUAGAAUGCAAUGUGUAGGGGAAUGUAGGUGAAUCAAACCCCCCUGGUUGGCUUGCCGUGGUCGUCUUUGCCGUAAUUGACAGGUGUCGUCUUAGGGUUUCGCCAAAAAAAAAAAAAAAAAAAAAACGCAAACUUUCAGAUCCCAAUUCCGAAUUGAAGCUGCCCAUUUCAAAAUUUUCAAGAACCUUCAACGAAAACCCACAACUUUAUUUCUUCACACACACUCUCUCUAAAUAUAUAUUUAUUUUUUUAAUUAUUUUUAUAGAAAAUAUUGGGACAUUUAUUCUUUUGGGAAUUGAAGUUGGAUUUUUCAAAUUUUUGUCUUCGUGGGGUUGGAUGGAAAUUUUACAAGACGUAAACAGCAUAGACGGAGAAGGAGAUGGAAGGAAGGCCAUGGCUUCCACUUCUUCUACGCCAUCAUCGACAUCUGGGUAUCGAUUAUUUGGUCGCGAAGCCUCUGUUCACCACUGUAUGGGUGGUGGUAAAGCUGCGGAUGUUCUAUUGUGGAAGCAGCAGCAUGUUUCCUUUGGCGUCAUCAUUGCUGCUACAGUUGCAUGGAUCCUAUUCGAAUGGUCUGGACUAUCAUUCUUAUCAAUUUGUUCAGAUGUGUUGCUGAUUUUGAUCGUAGUAUUGUUUCUCUGUGCCAAUUAUGCUGCUUAUAGAAACAAACAACCACUAAAUUUACCAGAGCUAGUUUUGUCAGAGGAAAUGGUUAAUAAUGCCGCUGCAUCAUUUCGUGUAAAAAUUAAUAAUGUGCUUCUUAUUGCUCAUGACAUCACUCUUGGCAAAGAUUUCAUACUUUUCUUCAAGGUGGUGCUCUCUUUGUGGCUUUUGUCUGUCAUUGGCAGCUUCAUCUCUUUCUUCACAAUUGCAUAUGUUGCAAAUACGACGAACAUGUUGAUAAGUAUUGUGGAAUGCUCCACCAUCGAUUUUCAAAGCACUAUAAAGUAGUGGAUGAGAAUGUGCCUAGCAGACUCUUCCGAAGUUUAUCCAAGGAUAAAGAUUCAUGAGUCCAGAUAGUGUUAAUUACACAUUUAGAAGUUGGAGAUGGUGUAAUUGUUAAGUCCUCAAUAUGUUGGCUGUUUUGCUUCUUAACCUUAGAUGGCUUAUAGAUUUUUCACUAAUAUUGAUGCUGUUUUGCAGUCAUUGUGUUAUUUGCUAUUUGUUGGACCACAAUCUGAAUCUUCUGGUUUUGCACUUUGUGAAUCUCUUGGCUAAGAUGCAGAUGGAAAAUGCAUUAAGGCAACUUUCUUAGGAUGGAAGGGAAGAUUGCUUGAACCCUGCUAAUCAUGAUUUUGGAUAACAUAUCAAAUGUUAUGUCUGGCUUCUAAUUUUCCAUUGUUGUAAAUUGUAAUUGCUGAUUUUGGAGAUACUGUUAUGUUGGUUUUUUCUCUCUCCGAUUUUGUAGUUAAAUGCCAUCGGAAUAAUUAAUCACUAACUUGUUUGAAAAAUAGGCUGAGUUACCGAUAUAAACAUAAUGUAUUUUGUUAUAACAAAGCAAUUUAUUAUCUUUUGGUCGCUA